AUGCGUGCCGUCACGCUCUCUCUGGCGCUGAGUCUCGUCGGCCUCGCCGCCGGCUCCCACCAAGCCCCACCACGGUGCCGCUGCACGCCCAAAGAGCCCUGCUGGCCGAGCGCCUCCGAGCAGGCCGCGUUCUCCGCCAGCCUUUCACACCCGCUCCUCACCGUGCGCCCGAUCGGCUACCCGUGCCAUCUCCCGCACUACGACGCCGCCGAGUGCGCGAACGUGCUCGCCAACUACCAGAACGGCACCUGGCGCGCAAACCAGCCCGGCGCGAGCGAAUACGUGAACGCAGAAGAGCUCGGCUUCGGCGCCCAAUCGUGCCUGCCCGAAGCCCCGCUGAUUACCCCCUGUGAUCAAGGGAACGUACCUGUCUUGGGCGUAAACGCUUCCACGGCUUCAGAUGUACAGAAGACUGUCAACUUUGCGGCUCACCACAACCUGAAACUCAUCAUCAAGAACAGUGGGUGCGUAUACGUAUCCAGCCUCAUGGGCAACGGUAGUCUCCUCCUCUGGACGCACAACAUGCAAUCCAUCGAGUUCUCGGAGUCGUACGUGCCGCUGAACGCUCCUCGUGGCACUCUCGGCGUGCCUGCCGUCACGAUCGGCGCUGGAGUCCCUUGGGGAAAACUCUACGACGCCGUCUCCACACAGAACCACACCAUCAUCGGUGGUUUUGCUGCGGGAGGAACUGUUGGCGCUGGUGGCGGCUGGUGGCAGGGUGCGGGCCACUCCGCGCUCUCGCCUUACUAUGGCCUCGGCGUCGACAACGUCCUCGGAUUUGAGCUCGUCACCGCCAACGGCACGCUCAUCUACGUCAGCCCGUACGUGCAUCAGGAUCUCUACUGGGCUCUCCGUGGUGGAGGUGGUCCAAGCUUCGGAAUCGUGACGAGUACUACGUACAAGCUGCACCCCGAGCAAACGAUCACCGCCAGCUACUUUGAGGCGUACACGGUCACGUCGGACGCCUUCGAAAAGGUGUUCGAAGUGUUCCACAACGCCCAAGGACCGCUCGCGGACGCGGGCUGGACUGGCUUCUAUCCGUGGACGCCGAACUACUUCGCGUGGACGUACAUCAACCUGAAUAUCACCGACGUCGACCAGGCCGCGAAUUCCAUCACGCCGCUCAUCAACAAGAUCGCACAAAUUCCCGGCGUAAGCGUUAAGACGAAUCAAACCGUAGGCUACGCCCGUUUCCACGACUGGUAUGCGCAAAACUUCAAGAACGGUUCUCCGAACGCCAUCGGAUACAACUACACCGCGGGCGACGUCGUCGCCGUCAACGGGUAUACGGCCUCGCGCCUGCUCCCCACCGCCCUCUUCACCGACGACCCCGCACACCAGACAAACCUCUCCGCGAUCACCUCCUUCUGCGCCUCCCUCCCGCUCGGCGGCCGCGGCUUCCUCGUCGGCGGCGGCGCCGUCGCGCAGCACCCGGUCUCCUCCGCGGCAGUGCACCCCGCCUGGCGCUCGUCGCUCAUCAACCUCAGCGUCGGCGUCGGCUACCUCGACGGCACCCCUCCUCCCCUCGCACAGGAGGCGGCCGAGACCGCGCAGGCAUACAACGACCAGCUCGUGAGCCUGACGCCCGCGUCGGGCACGUACCUGAACGAGAUCGGGUACUGGGAGGGCGACUUCACCGGCGCGUUCUGGGGCGAGAAUUACCCGCGCUUGGUGGAGCUCAAGAAGGCGUGGGAUCCGACGGACCUGUUCAUGACCGUCCUGGCCAUCGGCGCGGAGAACUGGGACGACACCGUGACGUGCAGAAAGUGA